GCCGGUUACUGCAGGAGGGAGGACGAAAGAGAGAAAUAGAGACAUUGCAGAAAUUGCCUUUCUCUCAAAGAUCAAAGGAUCCCCUCCACUCUCUGAGGUCUGAUCCCACCAAACCCUGUCAACCACCUGUUUUUUUUUCUUUUCUUCUUCUUAUCUGUCUGCUUUCCUACUCCUUUCAGCCAUGGCACCCACUCUGGCCACGGCAUUUGCCCGUCGCUGGUGGAUGGCAGUAACGGCCAUUAUUGAAAACUUGCUCUUCUCUGCUGUCCUACUGGGUUGGGGUUCAUUACUUAUCAUGCUGAAGUCUGAAGGCUUCUAUUCAUACCUCUGCACAGAGCCAGGCAAUAGCUCGACAGCAAACUUCUCCUUGCCAUCUGUGUCUUCAUCAUUGUCUGAUGAUGCAGGAUAUGAAUAUGACGAGUUCCAGUCGGUCCAGCAUGAUGGAGGCGUGGAGGUGGUCCCUCUGAACCAUCCAGAAGACCACCAGAGGAUGAAUGGCUGGCUGAUCUGUAAGGAGCAGGAUGAGAUGCUCAAUCUGGCCUUCACCGUGGGCUCCUUCCUCCUCAGCGCUAUCACGCUCCCUCUCGGAAUCGUCAUGGACAAAUACGGCCCACGCAAACUCCGUCUGCUUGGCAGUGCCUGCUUUUCCCUCUCGUGCCUCAUGAUCGCUUAUGGAGCCAGCAACCCAAAUGAUCUGUCUGUUCUGAUCUUCAUCGCGCUUACCUUUAAUGGCUUUGGAGGAAUGUGUAUGACCUUCACUUCACUUACGUUGCCCAACAUGUUUGGUGACCUUCGUUCCACCUUCAUCGCACUUAUGAUUGGCUCAUAUGCCUCUUCGGCUGUCACCUUUCCUGGGGUUAAGGUGAUCUAUGACCUUGGCAUUACCUUUAUCACGAUUCUAGUGGUCUGGGCAGGCUGUGCAGGUCUCGUCUUCUUCAACUGCUUCUUCAACUGGCCCCUGGAGCCUUUCCCUGGACCUGAGGACAUGGAUUACUCUAUCAAGAUCAAAUUCAGCUGGCUGGGCUUUGACCACAAGAUCACUGGCAAGCAGUUUUAUAGGCAGGUGACAACAGUCGGCAAGCGUCUUAGUGUUGACAACACCCUGAAACAGAAAGAGCUUGCUGCCAAGGAGGGCCACAAACUUUGCCUGUCCACCAUGGAUCUGGAACUGCAGUGUGACCCCAAGGAAGAGUCUCAGUCGUUCAUGCAGAGUAUUUUCAGUCCGCUGUUCAUGUUGAGUCUGGUAACCAUGUGUGUGACUCAACUCCGUCUCAUCUUCUACAUGGGAGCCAUGAACAACAUCUUGGAGUCCCUUAGUGGAGGAGAUUUCAACACAGUGAGUCUCUACACGUCCAUUUUCGGCGUGAUGCAACUCUUGUGCCUGAUGACGACGCCGGUCAUCGGCCAGAUCAUGGAUUGGAAACUCAAGGAAUGUGAUGAUGGAGAAAUCAAUCAAAAAGAGGCCAUCAAGGAUGAGCCCCAACCUAAACGCAGAGACAGACAGAUUCAGAAAGUGACCAAUGCCACACGAGCCUUCAUCUUCACUAACAUCCUCCUCGUCGGCUUUGGCAUCACCUGCCUGAUUCCUAACCUCCCUCUUCAGAUGCUCUCGUUUGUUCUUCACACCAUCGUCAGAGGUUUCAUCCACUCAGCCAUAGGUGGACUUUAUGCUGCUGUGUACCCAUCCACUCAGUUUGGCAGUUUGACUGGAAUGCAGUCUCUGGUUAGCGCUUUAUUUGCACUGCUGCAGCAGCCUUUGUUCAUGGCUAUGAUGGGACCACUAAAUGGAGACCCACUCUGGGUGAAUGUCGGUCUGCUGGUACUUAGUUUGCUGGGAUUCCUGUUACCUCUCUACCUGCUGUACUUCAGAAAAACUCUGCACAAAAAGAGGAAGGAGAGAGAAAAUAUGGCUAAAAUCUACCUAAAAAUCAAUGGCAGUGAUGUACCAGAGGCAUUUGUGUAAAGAAAGCAGAUAAAGAGAAAAACAAAAGCAUGAGUCUUAAAGAGAAGCAAAGACAGAAAAUAUAAUGGCCACACACAGAAGUAGUGACAAUUGCACACUAUUUUGCCUCUCUUUUCUUGAGGCUUAUUCAACCAAUAUCUGAGUAACUAAAUAGAUGAAAAGAGGGAUGAAGCAACAUGGGAAAUUUGAUGUCUCUCUUUCAUUGUCAUAUGAGUUUCUUUUAUUUUGAUUCAGUUCAAAACUCAUAUUUUUAAUGGUAAAAAAUUAUAUGUGACAUGUUCAUGUGACAAAGUUUUAACCCUAUCGUAAUCUAAAUGGCCUAUGUGCUUUAGAAAGAUAUUUCCAUUUAUUGCAUAUCAGAAUAUUGAAUUUUUCUUUGCUAUCAUAAGAUUUGAAUACACCGUUAUGUACCAUGCAAACUGUGAAGGGCUGAAGAAGCCAGCCUGACCACACAGACGGUCUUUCACAGGAACACAUUUAAAAACCCUCAUUCAUUCUGCCAACCUCCAUUAGGGAUUUCACUGUUGUAAAAUCAGUAUAGUCUUGGGUGUAAAGCCAUAGUUUUGUGUAAACAAAAUACUCCAGCAGGUAUAAAGGCCAAGAAAUGCUUCUAUAAGAAGCACACAGCUAAUUUUAGAUAAGUAACAGAAUUACAUACCGUAUAGGUACGAUCUACAUGAACUCAUGGGCCUAAAAGGCAACAACUUUUAAAUCUAAUAAUAGUAAACCAUGAUAUAUGAUACCUCCAGGUGUAAUGAAAGGUAUCAUUUGCUUUCAGUUGUGCAAUACCAUUGCAUACACAAAAAACAACUUGCAAGACCAUUUUUCAUUCAUAAUGAUUCAGAAAAGGGUGUUUUACAUAUUUCAAAUGAUAUACAUUUAUGACAACAUAUACAAUCUGAUCACUUUGAUCAUAGGUAGUUUAGGAAAGCCUCAAUUUAUGUAUUCCAGUUUGUAUAUAUAUUAUUGCAUGCACAUAAGAUGCAUACAUAAAUAGGCUUGAAUGAACUGGUUAUGAUCUGUACUAAGUGACUGAUCUGCAAGGUGAUGGCUCAAAGCUUUGAAAGAACCAAAUGUCAGGGGAACAACAGCACUUUGUCCCACACCCAUGUCCCAUAAAACCCCUCAAGACUUGCAAUUCCAUUUUCUGUCUUUCUUUUAUUUUGUGCUUGUAUACUAAAAUAACAUUCUGUGAUACUUAAGAGUGUGUAAGGAGUCAUUUGGCAUUCAUAUGUCAGUGAUUGCACGAAGUUCCCAUGGACCUCUAAAGUGAAAUGUUAUUUAGAAAGCACAACGUAACUCACAAAUUUGCCUUUUGUAAAAGCCUUUUGUGCAGUUUACAGUGCAGUUAACAGUGUUGAUAGCUGAUGAGAGGAUUGGAACCAUGGAUUCUAUGAAAAUGUUUUUGAUGUUUUGUUUAAUGUAUUUAUUUCUUUUGAGUCUCUAAAUUUAACAGACAACAUGGACAAUGCAACCUUACUUGCAAAGGUUGCUAUAUUAACUUACAUGUCUUUGUUGCAGUAGCUGUUUGUUUUAAGUUUUGUUUUCUUUAAAAAUCUUUAUUUCUUGUUUAAUAUGGCAUUAUUAUUGAGGAUUUCAUAUAUUCAAUAAAAUGUGACUUUA